CACCUGCGCUUUGGAAGUCGUGCACGAGCCGAGUCUUCGACGCGUUUUGUUUGCUCCCUAGUCUCUCGGACAGGAUCAACAACGCCGAGCCAUGAAGGUGUCCUGAAAAUAUCGACGCUUUACUGAGAUGAGCCUCCCGUCUUUUAAGCCGGUUAGAUACAUGUUAGUUUCUGGAAGAGGAAUUCCAUGAAAGCCUGAAUUUACUCCUGGACAAGAUGACAUUUGACGUGAUUCGAUUCACGAAUAUAUUAUUCUUCCUCCUUUGGAGCUGUGGUAAAAUAAGAUGUUACAAUGUUCCUUGCACGUUCAAUACUAUGUGCAUGUGUUGGGUUCAGGAUGACGAUGAUGAUUUUACGAAGAUGGAUAUCAGUUGUAUGGGAGUUCCAUUCGCACGAUUUCCUGAUGUAUCCGUGAGUUAUGUGGCGCAGCUAGAUAUUGCUGGAUCCGGAAUACAAGUGCUGGACAAUGAUGCGCUUGCAAGUUCCGCAGGUGUCGAAGCCCUAGGAUUGGUGAGCAACCGAUUAUCCAGCAUAGGUGACAAGUCUCUGCUAGGUGUUACGGACAGUCUACGUUCACUGGAUUUGAGCUACAACUCUCUUGAGGAUGUGCCUUUCAAGGUUUUUCGCGAUCUAAGGAAAUUAAAUUGGCUCAAUAUGCACAGUAAUCAUUUGACAUCGUUGGAUGGCGACUGGGGCCGUACCAAAGAAACUCUAACAAACGCAUUCUUCGGUGAUAACUCGAUCACUGAAGUGCCUAGGAUCUUUUCGAGUUUCGCCACUCUAGUAUGGCUGAAUCUAGACAGCAACAACAUUGAGGAACUCUUUAAAGAUUGCUUGCCACCAAACAUGCACACUUUAAGCAUCAAUAAUAACCUGUUGAAAGAAUUUCCACAAGCUUUGGGAACUCUGAAAGAACUAACUUGGCUAUAUAUGAGAGGAAACGAUCUCAGGUAUCUUGAACUGCCAGACUUUCGCAGUUCCAAUUUGGAGCUCAUUGAUGUCAGCGAGAAUUCUAUAGAAUGGAUAAAGACACCCAUUCUAAGCAAUCACACUGUUAAGGUCAGAGACUUUAAUCUAGCCGGAAACAAACUGAUCUCGUUGCCAGGUAGAAUGUUCGAUCGUCUCGAUACCAGACGAAUUCACCUGUCAUCGAACAGUAUCAGAAACGUUGACAAGGAUGCAUUUCGCGGUUUGGAAGAUAUUCUCGAAUAUUUGAAUCUGGAGAAUAACGACUUGCUAACGGUACCAACUGCUGUCAGCCAGUUGAGGAUGCUGUCGUAUCUCUAUCUGGCUAACAAUGAGAUUAGAAAUAUUUCCGGUGAGGCUUUUCAAGAAUUUGCGGAACAUCUAAAGGCCCUCUCUCUUGCAACCAACAGUCUCGAUGCAGUACCUGUGGCGGCUUUAUCCAGAUGCCAGAGGCUAUUGCACCUGAAUCUCGGUUACAACAAGAUCUCCCACGUCGAGCCAGGCGAUUUCGAGUGGGCCGAGGACCUUGAGAUCUUAUUGCUCAGAAACAAUAUCCUGACGAAACUGAAAGCUGAAACUUUCAAAGGAGCCGGUAAACUAAAGGAGCUUAGCCUGUCCUUCAAUCAUUUGACGGAACUCGACGACGACUGCUUCGUUGGUCUCGAGGAGAGCCUAGACAUUCUCGAGUUGAGUUUUGCCUUCGCUACAGAUGUCUUUCCUCAGCGUGCACUUAGGCCACUCUCGAAUCUGCGAUGGCUGGUUUUAGAUAACAACAACUUCCAGACAAUCGAGGCGACAGCCUUUUACUCUUUUCAACAACUGCGUUACGUUAACAUGGAAUCGAACAGACUGCAUUACUUGCCCGAAAGGAUAUUUCUUUCAAGCGUGCACCCGGAGCUAAGGGACGUCAAACUCGGAUACAACUUCCUGGAAGCAAUACCGGAAUCAAGUUUCCACAAUUUGACCGAGCUGCUGUCUCUCGACCUAACCGGCAAUCGAAUAAAAGUCUUGGCGUCCGACUCCAUCGUGGAUUGCCCGAAGCUGGUGACCAUAUCGCUGGCUUACAAUCGGAUACAUAAGAUGGAGAGAAACGCGUUAUACGGUUUGUCCAGCCUGCGUUUCCUCCACUUGGAGUUCAAUAAGCUGACCAUGUUGGACUUGGGCGCUAUCUCGGAGAUCGGUGGCUCUGACUUUGCACUAAACGUUUCCUACAAUGCGAUCGCGAGUGUCGAUUCGGGAUCUACGAUGAAUAAUCUCACCAGAUUGGAUCUUGGAUACAAUAAUAUCAGCCACUUAUCGGCGGACACGUUUUAUGGAACGCCCGAUUUGAAAAAUUUAUAUUUGCAGAACAACUAUCUCUCCACAAUUGAUCCUGGGACAUUUGCAUUCCCACAUUUGGAAACUUUGGAUCUAAGCAACAACAAGAUAGACACGUUGCGCAAACAAUCCUUUCACGGUUUGGAGUCCCUUCAGUUGCUGAACCUCGGCAGAAACGAAAUAACGCAAUUGUCGACGGAGCAGUUCAGGAAUCUAAAAAGCUUGAGGAUCCUGAAUCUCUCUUACAAUAAGAUUCGUUCGUUGCCAAAAGAUGUUUUCGAGGGCACCAGAUUAGAAAUUCUUGAUCUGAGUCACAAUAAAUUCACCGUUGUGCCCUCGUCGUCAUUCUUGGAAGUCGGCUAUACUCUGAGGGAUCUCAACAUGGCGGAGAAUUUCCUGGAUCACCUUGACUCGACUGCUUUUCCGACUUCUCAGCUGGUAUCUCUGAAUCUGGCGCAAAAUCGUCUGACUAUUCUGCCAGAUAAUUCGUUCGUUUCUUUGGGGAAAUUACUGAGCCUGAACGUGUCUCAGAACAUUCUCCAGGCAAACUUUAAAGAGCUGUUCCAUUACUUACCAGAUCUCAGACAUCUUUACUUAGCUAAUUGCGGUCUUAGGAGCGUACCACUACUGCCAUUAACGAAUUUAAAUAUCUUGGAUUUAUCUUUUAACAAUGUUGACGAGACUACUGACAAGCAGUUUCAGUACCUGGAAGGUUUAAAGAUUCUUUUACUGGUAAAUAACUCGUUGACAAUGAUGCCCGGUGUCAGAUUGAACCUUCUAAGGGAGCUGGAUGUUUCUGGCAAUCCUAUCGAGGAACUGACAAAAGAGAGCUUCUUAGGUUAUCCGAGAUUAGAGAAAUUAAACUUAAGAAACUUAAAUCGAACCAGGUCAGUGGACAAGGAUUGUCUGCAAUCUUUGAAAUACUUAAAACACCUGCGAAUUCAAACGUGGCCGCAGGCUGAUGGGUUUCAUCUACGUCAGUUACUGUCCGGCUUACCGCUUCGAACAGUCGAGAUUCAAGUGACGGAGCACCUGCUGAAGCAUCAGAUACAAAACGUCUUCACAAAACAAUUGAGAGAAUUGACGAUCACCGGAAGCGAUCUCGAGUGGAUCUCGUCCGAGGCAUUUUCUAGUAUCGAAGGCGGAGAAUUGAUAUUGAGAAUCAAAGAUACGCACGUUCAACGACUACAGUCGGAUAUUUUUUUAUCGUUGACAAAGAGAUUGUCACAGCUUACCUUGGACCUAAGAAACAAUCAUAUCAACGAAUUAAGUCCGUCGAUAAUUUACGGAAAUCUUUCCUGGGAAACUGUGGGGACCAACAUGGUGGCUGGUGGACUACAAGUAUCGGGCAAUCCGCUCGAAUGCGACUGCGAGAUUGCAUGGCUGAGUCUGUGGCUGCGCAGGUGGCUCAGAGAGUCCCGACAGAUUCAUACGGCGUCGCAAUCGGAUGCUAGACAACUCAGGACCAUAGCCGGCCGAGCUGUAUGUACGGAAACAACUCCGUCUUACUCUUCUGACAAAGUCCUGCUAACUCUGGGUACGCCGCACACCGCUUGCCAAGCGUCGGCCCUCAGCUCGGGAAAUUACGAGCGGCUGGCGACUGCCUGGUUGGCCUUCGUUAAGUUCUUCAUCCUCGUAUUCAUCGCCAAUUAACUGCGAGUUUAUAUGACAUUUUCCUGAGCCUAGUCUUCGAAAUUCACAACGUGAUCUUUUUUAAUGUAAGAUUUAUCAAUAAAAGUAGUUAAAUAAUUAUGA